CCAACUUUACUCUCACUCUCUCCCUCCCUCUCUCUGUCUCUGUCUCUCUCUCUCUCCAUCUGUAGGUGGUGGAGUUAUUCCUUGGAUGUUGGAGCAGAGAAUCAACGCUGGUCUCCAUCUUCUUCUUCUUCUUCUUCCUCCUCCUCUUCUCCUCCUCAGUGGGUGUGUCUAGAUUUUCAUUUUCACGUACAUAUUCGCUUUCAGCUGUUUGUUGGGGCGUCUGUUCUUUCUCCUCCUCCUCCCCCGAAGAGAUCGAUCUCGAUUCCCAAUAUACAGAGUUGAGGACUUUGGGGCUGUUAUCAGCAAUGGACGACGAGUACGCUAAGCUCAUCAGGAGGAUGAACCCUCCAAGAGUUGUGAUCGAUAACAAGUCUUGUGCUGAUGCAACAGUGAUACAGGUUGAUAGCGUAAACAAACACGGGAUUCUCCUGGAAGUCGUCCAAGUGCUUAUAGACAUGAAUCUCGUUAUAACUAAGGCGUACAUAUCCUCUGAUGGGGGAUGGUUCAUGGAUGUGUUCAAUGUGACUGACCGCGACGGAAAGAAAAUCAGAGAUGAACAAGUCAUUGAAUAUAUUAAGAGGAGGCUUGAGAGCAAUGCUAGCAUCUCUCCCUCACUGAGAAGGUCCAUGGUGGGGGUUGUUCCCGCCGAGAACCACACCGCAAUUGAGCUUGCUGGCACUGACAGGCCUGGUCUGUUGUCUGAGGUGUGCGCUGUCCUUGCGGACCUGCAUUGCAAUGUGGUGAACGCCGAAAUAUGGACCCAUAAUUCUCGGGCUGCAGCGGUAGUCAAUGUCACUGACUCUUCCACUGGCCUUGCCAUAGAGGAUCCGGCCCGCCUUGCCACCAUAAGGGGUCUCCUCUGCAACGUCCUUGGAGGGCACGGCAACUCCAAACCUGCAAAGACAAAUCUCUCACCUCCCACCACUAUGAACCGGGAGAGAAGGUUGCAUCAGAUCAUGUUCGCAGACAGGGACUAUGAGAGAGUUGAAAGGAUGGGAUCCGGGAGGGACAAGGAGUUGGGCUCAAGGCCCUUGGUGAUGGUCAUGGACUGUGAUCAGAAGGACUACACGGUUGUGACUAUGAGAUCUAAGGACCGACCGAAGCUGUUGUUUGACAUUAUCUGUGCCUUGACAGACAUGCAGUACGUGGUGUUCCAUGGGAUGGUUGACACCGGGAGGAAGGAAGCUUAUCAGGAAUUUUACAUUCGGCACAUUGAUGGACUCCCUAUAGGCUCCGAAGCUGAGAGAGAGCGCAUCAGACAGUGCCUUGAAGCAGCUAUUGAGAGGCGAGCCUCCGAGGGCUUGGAACUGGAACUGUGCACUGACGAUCGGUUCGGGCUCCUCUCAGACAUCACGAGGAUAUUCCGGGAAAAUGGUCUAUCCAUAAAAAGAGCAGAAAUUUCCACGAGAUGCGGGAAAGCCAAGGACACGUUCUAUGUAGCGGAUGUGACUGGUAACUCUGUGGACCUCAAGACCAUUGACUCAAUCUGCCACCAGAUUGGGCCCACCGUCCUGCAAGUGAAGCAUAACCCGAAUGCCUCGUCCAAGCCAGCUGAUCAGGGUACUACUGCGAGGUUCCUCUUCGGGAACUUCUUCAGAGCUCGGACAUUCCAAAACUUCAAACUGAUUAGGUCCCACUCUUAACUGAUCCAAAGAAGAUCAUAAACUUCAGGCCAGUUGCACUAUCUGGCUGGGGAGAUGUACAUACUCUCUUGGCCCUAAUGUGUGGUAGUGUAGACAGUAUAAUGCUACGUUGUCGAUAUAUGCUCUUUAGCUGCACAUAAAAAUCCCGGAGACGAUGCUGUUGGGUGAAUAGAUAAUGGCGUACAUGUCCACUCCCGAUGUGUAGAUAGGUGUACAGUGUCACGUUACCAAUAAGGUUGUACAGAACAAAUAUUCUUAGCUCGAUGAAAGAAGCAGUGUGAAUAUUAUUCAU